AUGUAUGGAAAUAAGGGCAAGGAAAUAGGAGUAUUUCAGGAGAAAAUAGAGCACAGUGGGGAGAUUGUAGAUGCUACGUUGGCGGAGUUCAACGUUAAAUACCAAACAUUAUUCUUUAUUGCGACUCUCAUAUUAUCUAUAGCAGGGUUCUUUUCAGCAAUAUAUUCAUUAUUUGGGCUGAGAAUUACGAAUUUCGUAAAUUCUUGCCUUCAAUUAAUUGUUGGCGUGCUUCUAUUAUUGUUGGAUAUUCCUGGCCAGCCAAGAUGGAGUGCGAAGUUUAGAAAUGAUAUAAGGCGUCAAGCAAGAAUUUUAUCAAAACUAACUGGGAAAUCUCUCUCCCUAUUGUUUUUGUCAUGCCUAUGCUCAACCACUCUGAGACCAAAUAAUAGAGGGGCAAUGAUAUUUUCGAUAUUUUCAAGAACAAGAGCAAAAUCACCUGGAUUAUUCUUACUAACAUUUUUUAUUUGCUUAAUUACUUCAUCUGUUGCAGUAUUGGGAUUACUUAUUUCUUUUGAGAAGGGAAUAAGAUUGAAUAGAAUAAAGAAAAGUAUAAUAAUGAGUUAUACAAGUGUUGGCGCUUGCAAUCCAAUUGAAAUAUAUCGAAGCUAUGCCCUUUCUGAUCCACUAUUUGGAAUGCUUGGCGACGAGUUCAAUCGAUUAGUAGGCGAUAGAACAGACAUCAAUUACCAAUUCUCACAAGAUGAACUAAGCAUAAUUUUUAAUGCAUUGGAUGACAACCAAAAAGGAUCGAUUAAUGAAAGGGAGUUUGUUGAAUUUUUUUCAUCUAGGUUUACACUGGUGUAG